AUGCCUUUUCUCCUGUGGGGUACUAACAGCUCCUCCUGGGUGCUGUCAAGGCACAUCAGAGUGUCUCACUUCAAUGCUGGGAAUACGUUCAAGACAUUCUUCCAGGAUCUCUGGUGGCUGUUGUUUGGAAUAAUCCUACUUUGUUCCCCAGCACAUUGCUCUGUCUUUAAAAUUGGACUGCUUGGACCCUGGAACUGUGACCCCUUCUUUUCCAAAGCCUUUCCCCAUGUGGCUGCCAGGUUAGCUGUGGGACGAAUAAGCAGAGAUCCUUCACUAGAUCUUGGCCACCGACUGGAUUAUGUGAUCCUGCAAGAAGAAUGUGAGACACCAAGAGCUCUGGUUAGAUUUAUUGACUUUAGAAAGCUUUCCUCAGCUUUUAUAGGCCCUCUAAACCCUGGCUUCUGUGAGGUGGCUGCACAUUUAGGGAAAAACUGGAAUAAAGCUAUCUUCUCAUGGAUGUGCAUCAAUUAUAAGCUGGAUUCCACCAUCCGCCAUAGUGCGUUUGCAAGAACUCUGCCCUCUCCAACCCAAAUUUUACUUACAAUAAUGAAAUAUUUUAAGUGGGCUCAUGUUGGCAUCAUUGCAUCCAGUGAUGAUAUUUGGAUGUACACAGCCAAGGAGUCAGCAACUGCACUCAGGAACCAUGGGCUACCUGUAGGCAUUGUUACAUCGGUGCAUAAGGGAGAAAAAGGCAUUGAAGACACUUGGAACAAGAUUAAAGAAGUUAAUAACAUUAAAAUUAUACUGCUGUGCAUGCACUCUGUUCUCAUCGGAGGGCAGGAACAGGCCGCCUUACUCACAAAAGCUCAGGAAAUGGGACUAGCAGAUGGAAGAUACAUCUUUGUUCCCUAUGACACUUUGCUGUACAGUCUUCCUUACCAAAACAACUCAUUCGGUGUCUUUGAUAAUGACAGCAAGCUCCGGGAGGCUUAUGAUGCUGUGCUGACCAUCACGCUGGAGUCUGGAGAAAGGACUUUCUAUGAUGCAUUCAGGGAAGCUCAAGAAAGUGGUGAAAUAAUCAGGGACUUGGAAGCCACACAGGUUUCUCCACUCUUUGGAACAAUCUAUGAUGCCAUUUACUUCAUAGCAAUGGCUAUGGACAGUGCACGGAGGAAAGGAGUCAGAGCCUCAGGAGCCAACAUAGCUGAGCACACAAAAAACUUCAGUUUCCCUGGAUUUAGUCACCGAGUAGAGACAGACAGCCAUGGGAAGGGGCUGAACAAUUAUGUGAUACUGGACACAGAUGGUCAAGGGAACAAGUUUUACCCAACCCACCUGCUGGACAUGUCUUCAGGCUCUGUGUUGUCCCUAGGCCAGGCCAUCCACUUUCCCAAUGAAAUUCCACCCAAACCAGACUCCAGCUGUUGGUUUGAUCCAGAUGUUCUCUGCGCUGAAGGGAUUGAACCUGCAGUCAUUUUGCUGGGAGUAAUGCUGUUAUUUGUGCUGGUGUUGUGUGCUGUGGGCCUGGCUUCUCUCAUCAGGCAGAGUAUCUUGAACAACCAGCUUUUCAGGGGUCCGAACAAGAUCAUACUGACCUUGGAUGACCUCAUCUUCAUCAACCCAGAGCUACAUAGAAAGAGGCUGACCUUGGACAGUCUGACUGAUGCAAACAGCAUAGCAGUCAAGAACAGAAGCCUGAAAUCCGUAACCCGCUCCGCUUCCUUGAAAAGCACAGUUGCCACCCAUGAAACCUCCAAUGUGGCUUUGUAUGAGGGAGACCAGGUGUGGCUGAAAAAAUUUGAGACAGGAGCAGUAAACAAUCUGAGGCAAAGCUCCACCAGCAUCUUAAGGAAGAUGAAAGAUCUGCGUCAUGAAAAUGUGAAUCUCUUCCUGGGCUUUUUCUCGGACUGCGGCAUCUUUGCCAUAGUGACCGAGUACUGCUCACGAGGCAGCCUGGAGGACUUGCUGAGAAAUGAGGAUAUGAAAUUGGAUUGGAUGUUCAAGUCCUCUCUUGUGAUGGAUCUAAUUAAAGGAAUCAGAUAUUUGCAUCACCGAGAUUUUGCCCAUGGACGUCUCAAGUCUCGUAACUGUGUUGUGGAUGGCCGGUUUGUCCUGAAGAUCACUGACUAUGGUUAUAAUGAGAUCUUAGAGGCACAGAAAUGCCCCUAUAUUCAGCCAUCCGCAGAGGAAUUGCUCUGGACAGCUCCUGAGUUACUGAGGGACCCAGACAUGUGCAGAAAAGGAACAAUCAAAGGGGACAUUUACAGCUUUGCAAUCAUCCUACAAGAAGUGGUGGCUCGGGGUCCACCUUACUGCACAUCAGAACUCUCAGCUGAAGAAAUUAUAAAGAAAGUGAAGAAGCCCCCUCCCCUCUGUCGGCCAAACAUAGCUCCUGAGGUAGCCCCCCUGACAUGCAUCCAGGUAAUGAAGCAAUGCUGGGCUGAAGCCCCUGAACGGCGUCCAACCUUUGAGGAGGUGUUUCAUAAGUUCAAAACCAUCAACAAAGGGAAAAAGACCAAUAUCAUUGACUCAAUGCUCAGGAUGCUUGAGCAGUACUCAAGCAACCUGGAAGAUUUAAUCAGUGAGCGGACUGAAGAGCUAGAGGUUGAAAAACAGAAGACAGAAAAACUGCUGUCACAAAUGCUUCCACCUUCAGUGGCAGAAGCCCUCAAGACUGGUGGCACAGUGGAACCGGAGUAUUUUGACCAGGUGACCAUCUACUUCAAUGACAUUGUGGGCUUCACAUCCAUUUCAGCCCUCAGUGAACCCAUUGAAGUAGUUGACCUUCUGAAUGACCUUUACUCUCUGUUCGAUGCCGUUCUUGGAAACCAUGAUGUUUACAAGGUGGAGACAAUUGGUGAUGCCUACAUGGUUGCUUCAGGGCUCCCAAAACGGAAUGGGAACAAGCACGCAGCUGAAAUCGCCAACAUGUCCUUGGACAUCCUCAGCGCUGUGGGAACAUUCAAAAUGAGGCACAUGCCAGACAUUCCCCUCAGGAUACGAAUCGGGCUGCACACAGGGCCCUGUGUGGCAGGCGUGGUGGGGCUGACCAUGCCACGGUACUGCCUCUUCGGAGACACGGUGAACACGGCGUCAAGAAUGGAGUCCACAGGCCUGCCUUACAGAAUUCAUGUCAGCCAAAGUACAGUGGAUACACUUCGGAGUCUGAAUGAAGGCUAUGAAAUCAUACCGAGGGGAAAAACAGAACUGAGGGGUAAAGGAGUAGAAGAGACAUAUUGGCUGGUUGGGAAAAAAGGCUUCCAGAAGCCCUUACCUAAACCUCCUGAAAUAAAGCCAGGCUGGCCAGAUGUACUGACCAGGAAAUUGAAAUCUGUCCUGAGGGACACAAAGAGGACACUAAGAAAGCAAAGAGCUGUGAAGCAUGAAGGAGAAAUAAGUUUUGGAGAGGAUGAAAUCUGAGAAGAACAUGGCCAAGAACGAGUAAGAUCAGGAGGGACACCUUGAAACCAAUCCAACAGAACUCACACUCUCCAUGUAGUUUCCAGUGGGCCCAAAGCUGUAUAAUUAAUGAAGCCUCUUAGAUCUUGCAGAGGGUGAGCCUGAGCAGGCAGAUGAAUCCUGACCAUCAUCUCUUGUGAAACUCGGCACCAUCUCAGAGAUGUAUAUGUGUGUGUUUUUGGGAGUGGUGCACUGAGGAUGAAAGUGUGGGUGAUAAUGACGGUAGUUCCCACUCUUCAUGAGCAACUGUCACAAGGAUGAACUCAAAGAAUAUUUUAGCUAGGUCUGCAUGGCAGCACUAACAAGUCCAGCUGCCCUUUGGCCUGGAUUCAAACAAUAAUGCCAAGUGCUAGAAUGGUUCAACUGUUUUACAUUAAGUAGUUGUUUUCCUGUUGUUAUUGUGGCAAGGCCUGGUUUCAUGAAAAUGAGUGCAGUUGAGAAAAAAAAUGUUUUGGACAACAACAAAGAAUAUUUUUACUCCCCCACAGAAAUUUUGACUCAAAAUGUUCUCUUCCUGUAUUGUCAACUUAAGCUGAAAUAUUUUCUUUCAAAUUGACAUUUCAACUGCAAAUGCCAAUUUAAUGCUAUUUUCAAAAUGAAAUAACAGUUUUGAAUUGAAACAGUUUGGUAUGAAUCAAUAUUUGUUUCAAAUGCCAAAAUGAGAUUUUGCUCAAAAUGUCAAAGUAUGUCAUAUUUGCAAAUCCAGAUCUAAAUUGCAAGAACUCCUUUUUUCUGCUUUAUAUACACAUAUAUAUACAGGAUAUCUAAAACAUGUUAUGCUUCUCGUCCCAAAGCCAGGUAAAAAUGGAAUGCCAAGAUAUUGCAAAACUGAAAUGCAGUUCCAUUAGCUGAGUAAUACUAAUAAAAUAUAUUUUUUUUCCCUGCAAAAUUGGAGGUGAGGGAAUGAAGAGAACAUCACUGAAGCAGUGCAAAGCCUAAAACCCAUCACUCUUUUCCCAUCCAGUCUCCAAGUGGUCUCUGAGGCACUUGUCUAUAAAGUAAGCCUCCUUGUGGGUAAAAAGUUUUCUGUAGAGGGUCAACAUUUGGCCUGUAGGCACUUCCUAGAGGCAGAGCACACUUCCUCAAAGUCAAAUAGUUUUGGUGUUGGGCCCUUAUUCUUCCAAAUUUUUUACUCCAGUUCAACAUCUGGCUCUUAACAGCCUUCUGGGACUUGUUCUCUCUUCUGCAAGGCUGAAGAGAAGAGCAGGUGUGGUAAUGCAAUCAAUAUUGCCACCAGAAAGUGUUAACUGAGAACACCGAGACCUUUCUCAAACUCAAUUUGAACUCUUCUCAUCAGACCAAUCAAAACAGAUUUUUACCAUUCAGAUAAUAAAUAAGAAUCAACAAACUUUUGGCAAACUUUCAUUAGGUAUUGAAAAUAUCAUGAAACAAAGUGAGUCUGAGUUCACAGAGCUAAGGAACACAGUAUUUUCACAACUAAUUCACUGUCUCAAGUAUAAAAUAUGUACUGUCAAAGUAAAAUCUGUUUGAAGUAUAAACAUCUAAAAAGCAAAAACAGAAGGGAAACUCAUUAAUGCUCUUUAAUAAUGAGCUUUUACCCUGUGUCACCUGGCUUUGUAAAAGAAGGUUUUGCUUUUUUAGAGGUGAGUUAAUAUUCCAUCUGGGAGAAGUUGGCCCUUGAAGGACGUCUGUCAAGAGGCUCAUACAAUAGUCAAGCUGUCAAACAAGGAUUAGGAAAGACUUCACUUUCUGCCCUGUGCUAACCUUCUAUUUGAAAAUUAAUUCAGAAAAAUGUCAUAUGGAAGACACAUGGGGCAGGUAAUUCUUACACAAUACACCUCAAAGUACAGUUCCAGAGAGGAAUGUUAGCUGGAUUGGUCUGUGCAAACAUAGGUUUAAAAUCAAACAACUUCAACAUAAUUUAUGUCUUUUCCAUUAUUUUCCCAUAAUAAAAAAAAAAAAAAACCAUCUAUCAUUGCUAACUUGUUACAUAGCAGAGUGGGUUUUAUCAACCUGACUUUUCCAUGAAAAUGAUGGAAAAAAGACUUCAACCCACACUUCAGCACACAGUUUUGAAUUCUUUCUUCAGAAUGUAGUCUUCUAAAAUAAACAACAUUCUUUGAAUUCCUUUUAAAAAUUAAGAUACUAAAUCUGUGGGAAAGGGUAGGAGAGAAGCAGAGUUCUAGUCACUGACGACUUUAGUAAUCCCAGGAUAAUUCAUUAUUCUCUUUGAAGCCAGUGGUAAUUUUUCCUCUUAAUUUCAACAGGAAGAGGCCAAGGACUCAUCCCUGAGUGUGAUUACCUCUGCUGCUAGAAAUAUAAAAAACAUAUUUAUAUUUUCCUGGUAUUGUUCUGUUUAGAUAGAUUUAAGUUCAUUUAUGAGAUUUCUUCCCAUACUGUAUCUUUUUUUAAUUAUUACUUUGCUUCUGAAACUAAUGUUAGAAUGUUGUAAUAAGGAAGAUGUGGGCUGGAAGCAGCAAAUGGAAAUUUCUGUAACUACACAUCAGACUUCUCGGAUGAUUGUGGACAAGGCACUUGGUGGAUUCUUGGAUAGGGAAGCACACAUUUUAGUAACCAUUAUCAACAAGAACUUACCAUAUGAUUGCUAGAAGUUUUACCGCUAAUGUUACAGAGUGAAUUUUAAUGUAAUCAUGCAAACCCACUGAGAGCUGUAGAUGUAUUUACAUACAACAAACACUAUCUGAAUAUAGUUUGUAUUUCAUACAGUAUUUUUAGCAGUCACUUUAUAGCAUAUGACAAUAAAGAUCCUUGAAGACCUA